UGUACAAAAAAUAACUUCCUUUUUUUCGUGUUUGGUUCAUCCAAUCAAUGUCAAUUUGUUUAAGGAAGUGAAAAAGGCGUACAACAUGGCCCACACAUUAAUAAUGUCCCCGUGGAAAGAGGGUCUUUCCCCGCCGACGAUGCUGAGCGGCAUAAAUAUGGCAUCAGACGGAGAAUAAGUCCACACUGCUCAGAGGACAGGCUGGUGAAUCUCAACUGGGACAUUCAGUUUUUACUACACUGUAAAAGGAACACUCAGAGACACUCACACACAUCAGGAUGGCUGCUCCUCGUCUGAUUCUGUCCAUGUUUGUGCUGAUGCUGGCUGCCAUCACUUUUAGUGAAGGUGUGCGUGGUAUUGGGCGUGGUAAAUGCUGCUUUCGUUUCAACGACACUCCCCUGCCUAAGGAAAAAGUGGUCAGCUACAUCAGGACCAACCAGCGCUGCUCCAACUCGGCUGUCCUGUUCAAGACCGUGGCAGGUCGUCAGCUGUGUGCAAAACCGUCCAACACCUGGGUGCAAGAGCUCAUCAACUACCUGGACACCAAAGCCAUCCCGGGACAGGCGUCCAACCUGUAACCAUAGCAACAUCAAACCCAGAGUGUUUUGUAUGCUAAUACGUUAUAAUCAUGUCUCAGCUCUAUGCAAACUAUAAAUCUAAGAUAACAUUGACAUAUUUACAUAUAUAGCAUACAGCAUAUGCUAUGUUAAAAAAAGACUUUACUUAAAUGUAUACAUAUUAUUUUUACAUUGACAUUUAAUUCAUGUUUUUAAUAUUUGGUGAAUAUUUGGUGACUUAAUUUAUUGGAACAAUACUAUAUGAUAGAAGCUAUAUGGUAUGUUGCUGGGUUGUUGUUUUUUUUUUUAUCAACACACUCAAAGUCUGACCGUCUACACUGUGACCUCCUGUUAUGUUGUUCUCUGAACUUACAGCAACUACUUGCUGUAAAUCCCAGUUCCACAUGGUGUCACCACUAGAUUAUAAGCUAUGGGGUUCACCACUGUUUCUACACUGAGCCAUUGCGUUUUCUAUGUGAAUUGAAUUGUUUUCUUGUUACUUGCACUCGAGAAACCCAAUGUGUCAAAAAGGUCAUUUAUUUCUCUAAGUUACUACUGCAAAAUUUUAUUCUGUUUUAUUAAAGCAAGACAAAGUGACA